UCAUGUGCCUUUAUUCUAUAUAUAGAGAGAGAGAUGGAAAUGUUGUUUUGCAGGGAGGAAAGAAAGGUUAAGCUUGAGGCUGAUGAUCAAACAUGGAAUCUAAAGGGAAAGUUUGUGUGACUGGAGCAUCCGGAUUUCUGGCUUCUUGGCUGAUCAAGAGACUGCUUUUAGCUGGUUAUCAUGUUACUGGGACAGUUAGGGAUCCAGGGAAUGAGGAAAAAUUGGAACAUUUGAAGAGGCUUGAGGGAGCAAAGGAGAGGCUAGUUUUGGUAAGAGGUAAUCUAAUGGAGGAAGGAAGCUUUGAUGAUGCAAUAUUUGGAUGUUCUGGUGUCUUUCAUAUUGCUUCUCCUGUAUUAGGCCGUCCAACUUCUGAUCCUAAGGCUGAAAUACUGAAACCAGCUGUUGAAGGAACAUUGAAUGUGCUGAGAUCAUGCAAAAGGAAUCCAUCGCUGAGACGGGUGGUUAUCACCUCAUCUUCUUCAACUGUAAGGGUUAGGCAUAAUAUUGAUCCAACCGUGCCUCUGGACGAGUCAUGUUGGAGCUCAUUGGAACUCUGCGAGCUCCUCCAGACAUGGUAUGCAAUGUCGAAAACAAUGGCAGAAAAGGCAGCAUGGGAGUUCUGUAAGGAGAACAACAUAGAUAUGGUGAGCGUGCUUCCAUCGUUUGUGAUAGGGCCGAGCCUAUCACCAGAACUGUCUGCAACAGCCUCAGAUAUCCUCGGUUUGCUUAAAGGGAAAACAGAGAGGUUUGAGUUGCACGGAAGGAUGGGGUAUGUGCACAUAGAUGAUGUGGCUAAGUGUCAUAUACUGGUGUAUGAACGAGAAGAUGCUCAAGGUCGGUUCCUUUGCAGCUCCGAUGUCAUAGAUAACAACCAGCUUCUCACCAUUCUCUCGACCCGUUACCCUUCCAACUUCCCCGAUCUCCCCACCAGGUUCAAAGAGCUUGGACGACCAAAUUAUGAGUUGAAUACAUCAAAGUUGGAAGAAGGGUUGGGAUUUAAGUUCAAGUCUAUUGAAGAGAUGUUUGAUGAUUGUAUUGCAUCCUUGGCCGCCCAAGGACAUAUUUCUCUUAACUAACUUGUAUCAAUCGGAUCCGCCCUUAUUAUGCAACGAUAAGGAUCGGAGGGCGGAUCCGAUUAUGAAGCAUGUGUUAUUUUGUUUUUAUCAAAAUAAAGAAAAAGACACCUAACAUAU